AUGAAGCGAGCGCAUCGAUCGGUGGUGGUGCUGUUGCAAAGCAUGCUAGGCAUGGACGUAAAGAUCGAGCUAAAGACUGAAUAUGUACUGGAAGGACGCGUAGAAGAGGUUGGAGAAGGAAACAUGGAUGUUCGCCUCACCAAUGUCAAGCAGACGUCGCCACAGGGAGCUAUCGUACAUCUUGACGAAGUGUUCGUGAUGGGGAAGAUGAUCUUGUUUGUGCAUUUACCAGACAGAUUGAACGUUGCGGUGCAUUUAAGAGACUACAUGCAAAUGGUGGACAAAAACCGAAGCAUGUACCAACGAUCAACGCGAAAGCCUGCUACGACGCCAUCCGCACCGCCUGUGUCAACCUAA